GUCAAUCUGAGGCUGAGCCAAGCGCAGGUAACUUAGAAAAAAAGAGUUGUUGGCUUGUUAUGGUAUUGGCUUGAAAGAGACCCGGAUUCUCCCCCCACCCUCCUUUACCAGUUAGACCAGUAACUCAGGAAAAGGCAAACACUCGAGUACUGGAUCAGUUUUUACCCUUGUGGUCCCUGAUGGCUUCGCACAGUGAUACUCUGGUGGUGUUCUUUGGGGCAACAGCUGGUGCAAAUGGGGGUAAACUGGGUUCGGAUGAGAGGGAAAUAAUUCUCUUGGUGUGGCAAAUUGUGGAUCUACGUGAGAAAAAGGUGGGGAAGCUUCAACGACGUCUCGUAAAACCAGACACUUUGGAAUUGACAGAUCAAUGUAAAGAGGAGACCGGUUUAACUUUAGACGAACUCUGCAAAGCAGAACCUUUGGACCGAAUUCUGCAACAGUUCCAGCAGGCAGUCUCCAGUGAGCUGAAGGCUUUGGGCAGAAGCUCCUACACACUCUGCGUCGACGGCCCCCUCCUCAUUAGGCAGGCCUUCCAUCCAGAAGCUUCCAAAAAGAACUUCGUCCUCCCCGACUGUUUCUUCUCCUUCGUGGACCUGCGGAAAGAGUUCCACAAAUGCUGUCCGGACGCCGGCCUGGCCGAGGACCUGACCGUGGCCUCCAUGCUGCAGCAUGUCUGCGCCCCUCCCACAGACACGGAGCAGGUCGCCGGGGUGCGGGAGGUUAAGGGGAUGGUGCUGCUGACGUUGCACCUGUUGUCUGAUCCCUACAAUCACAAAUUUACCGGUCUUGAAACCGUGAAGUACAAAUUUGAGUCCGGAGCAUGCAGUAAGAUGGAGCCGGUGGACAGCGAGACUGUGAUUCGAGCCAGGGGGUUGCCGUGGCAGUCGUCUGACCAGGACAUCGCCCGAUUCUUCAAGGGGCUCAACAUCGCAAAGGGCGGUGUGGCGCUUUGUCUGAACGCUCAGGGCCGGAGGAACGGAGAGGCCCUGGUGCGCUUCAUAAACCCCGAGCACAGAGACCUGGCCCUGGAGCGCCACAAGCACCACAUGGGAAACCGCUACAUCGAGGUGUACAAGGCGACGGGAGAGGAGUUCCUGAAAAUAGCUGGAGGAACCUCGAACGAGGUGGCCCAGUUCCUGUCGAAGGAGAACCAGGUGAUCAUCCGCAUGCGCGGGCUGCCCUUCGCCGCCUCGCCCGAGGACGUGCUGGGCUUCCUGGGGCCCGAGUGCCCCGUCACCGACGGCGGCGAGGGGCUGCUCUUCGUCAAGUACCCCGACGGGCGGCCCACGGGCGACGCCUUCGUGCUCUUCGCCUGCGAGGAGUACGCCCUCAACGCCCUCAAGAGGCACAAGCAGAUCCUGGGGAAGAGAUACAUAGAGCUGUUCCGCAGCACGGCCGCCGAGGUCCAGCAGGUCCUGAACCGCUACAUGUCCACGCCGCUGAUCUCCACCCUGCCCCCGAGCCCGGCCCCCAUGGUGCCGGUCCCCGUCAUGGCCACGCCCCCCUUCCUGACCUCCAGCAGCAGUCGGGACUGCGUCCGGCUGAGGGGGCUGCCCUACACCGCCGCCAUCGAGGACAUCCUGGAGUUCAUGGGCGAGCACACCGUGGACAUCAAGCCGCACGGCGUGCACAUGGUGCUCAACCAGCAGGGCCGUCCCUCGGGAGACGCCUUCAUCCAGAUGAAGUCGCCGGACCGCGCCUUCAUGGUGGCCCAGAAGUGCCAUAAGAAGAUGAUGAAGGACCGCUACGUGGAGGUGUUCCAGUGCUCCACGGAGGAGAUGAGCUUCGUGCUGAUGGGCGGGACUCUCAACCGCAGCGGCCUCUCACCCCCACCCUGCAAACUCCCAUGCCUGUCUCCGCCCACCUACGCCGCGUUCCAGCCUCCCGCCGCCAUGCUCCCCGCCGAGGCGGCCUUCUUCCAGCCCCCCCUGCUGGCCACGCCUCGCGCCGCGCAGCCCCCCGCCCACAGCGCCGCCCACGCCCUGGCCUACUACCCGCCCCAGGCCCACGCCCAGCUCUACAUGAACAUGAAUAUGAACUACACCGCGUACUACCCCAGUGACUGGGCAGGAGAGGACGGUCUCUCACGUGAUGGGGUUUCGUUUCCCAGCCCCCCCGUCUCCCCGUCGACGGUGGGCUACUUCGCGGCCCCGCCCGGCGCCAUGGCCGCGGCUGUGGCGGCCCCCCCUCCGGCCCCCAUCAUGCCCCAGACGGGAGCCCUGGUCAGGAUGCAGGGCCUGCCGUUCAACACGGGCGUCAAAGACAUCCUCAGCUUCUUCCAGGGAUACCAGGCGGAACCUUCCGUGGACGGUACUGUAUGACCUCCAGUUUGCUGAGAGGGAAAAGGGGCUCCAGUUCAUUUUUGGUAUUGUCUGGUGGAGUGUGAUUUGGUGUGGGGUUUUAUUUACUAUGUUUUAAAAUUCUUUGUUGAUUUUUGAGUGGGUUGGUACAUUAGAUGGGUUGUUUUUUUUUGGGGGGGGGCGGGGCUGGUGUGGGGUGUUGAUUGGCACUGGCACGGAAGUUACAUGUCACAUGGAAGGUCUAGCAACUGUUAACUGUCACGGGCAAUAAUGUGCUAUGUGUCUGUCACAUACUACUUUUUGGGAGAUAUUAAAUGAGUCGGAUAUCCGAUUUUUCUGUGACCGCUUAAUCAUAGACUGAAUCGCUGAAUUGGUACUUGAAGACAAAAUGGUCGCCAGUUAUGGAAUUUGUUUUUAAUACUAAAUUUCAAAUUACAAAAUGCUUUCAAAUACUUUUGUUUAACCUGCUAUUUGAUAUAUCUGUAAUUGACAUGCAAGCAGGUUACAUGCCAGCUGGAUUGUUAGCAUUCUGUAAUUUGCAUGGUUUGUGCUGCUCCCCCUUAUCUAUAUCCAAGCAACCAACGCUGUAAGUACUGUUUGAGUUAUUUGCGGUCGUGGAGUACAGUCUGUACAUAAGUUCUCUCUUCCAGAUCCUUCCAGUGAGUUGAAACAAUACUUCCGAUACAUAUUUUAGUCAGUGCUUUAAUAUAUUAUGACAAAAUAAUGUAAUUGUAAAAAUUGGCAUUAAUCUGUGUCUGUAUAAGAAAUUACAAUCGCAAAAUCCCAGUUCAUUGGCCUUUUAUGAAGUGGAUUUAAAAACACAUGGAGUGUUUACCACAUCCUCUGCAUUUGUUCCCUGAGAAUUGCCCUAAAUAUCUCAUUUUAUUUUGGUCUCGCUUAAAUAUAUUGGCAACUUAAUAGUUCACAACCUAAAAAUAAGAAUGGGAGAUUGCAGGGGUAGCAACUGUUUCAAUGGCUCCAUUGGGCCAUGUACUUAAUUGUCUAUAUUUCCAUCUAGUGGUAAAGCAGAGGUACUGAUAUUUAUUUUGGGGGAGCAGCUCACCAUUUCCAGGGUGUUCCUGCUGCGGUCAAAACUAGGAAAAUCGGGUACUCCCUGAAGCUCGUUUUUCAAGGAACCGUUGUUGUCGCAUCAAGAAUCAGUUUUAACCUUGGUUCCCACAUAUUACUUUUGACAGUACAGUCAUCAGCUGCUUUCAUAAGUUGCUGAACUAGUGUGGCUAUUAUCGCCCCCAUGUGGAGAGCAUGGGGAAUGCUAUGUAUGAAUGCUAUGGCCUAGUGCAGUGGUCUCCAACCCUGGUCCUGGAGAGCUACAGGGUCUGCUGGUUUUUGUUUUUACCUUAAAAUCAGUACCCAAUUGAGACCCAAGACACCAGGUGAGUUGAGUUAACUGUGUAAUCAACUGCUCUAAUUGAUUCAUGAUGUGCAGAGUCACUAUGAAAACCAGCAGACCCUGUAGCUCUCCAGGACCAGGGUUGGAGACCACUGGCCUAGUGCCACCCAUCCAUCCCGAAUAGAAAAGGCCUACUCUAUGCGCAAACCGGCAUGUGCUGCAGGGGGUUGGAUAGAGCAGUGUGGAUCUAGGGCUGGGGCGCUAUGUAGGGGGGAGUGGUGUGUAUGUGUGUGUGCGUGCAUGCCUGUGUGUGUGU